GUCAUGACACAGACCAGUUUAGCUCCGCUCUGGACAACACAAAACCACAGCAAUUCAACACCACAGCCCGUCCAUUCAUACUAGAGAUUUCCAGUGAGGUGACCUUACCCGAUACUUUACCUUGUGUCUCUGAUUUAGACAUAUAUAAUACAGAACAGCAAACAGAGCGCCCUCUGGACGUUCAGGCUUUGUCCAAAUUAGCUCAAUUAGCAUCACAGUUAGUGUCUCCUGGGAAUCCCGGCCCAUCUGUGGAAAUCAUCAGUCAGAGAGAAAUCAAAUUGUCCACCUCUAAAGACUUAAUAACUUCAAUAAGUCCUUCAGUUAUUACAUCAUUAUCGUCCCUGCUCACAGAAUCUGGAGCGUCACUCUCAAAUGAAAACCUCGCAGACCUGUCUGGUAGCUUCUCUUCAUCUGUCAGACAAAAUGAGUCUGGAGGUCAAACAGAAAAAAAAACACUGAUAUUGUUUACACACGAGGACAGAGAAGCUCAAUCUGGACCUAAAAGAUGGUCCGAAUCAAGUUACUCAACAGAAUCUAAGUGGGAUUCACUGGACGGAGCAGAAGAAGCUGAAUGUGAACCUGAAAACGCACCAGAUUCAAAACACUCAGUGUUUGCCAUGUCUUCUUUUUGGAGGGAGAUGGAGAAGCUGACGAUAAAUGACAUUCUGGGUUUACGAUCCGUGCCACCUCUUCCAGAAAGUCAGGAAACAGACGCGUCUGCUUUAACCGAUUCAGGUUUUUUUACACAAUCAGAUGAGUCCAGGCUCAAACAAACCAGUGAGCACAUGCCCAGUGGUCCUGAUCAGGAAAAAUCAGGUUCAGGUGCUGUUGUGGCAGAUGAUUCUUUCAUUUCGAGGAGUGUUCUAUGGGAGAGUGAACCUGUGCUGAUGAGUCUAGGUUCAGAUACUUGCACAGAUAAUACAAUGAUGACGUCUGUGAGUAACAUUUCUCAACCAGUCUUCUCUGGAAAUGCAAAACAGAGCCACAGAAAGAUUUCCAAAACCUUAAGUGGGCACAAUCUAGCUGCUCUGUAUUCUGACUCAUUCAGCUCCAGGUUGAAAGGCCAAACGUUACAAACCUUAGACGAAGAAGGAUCAGAAAAGUUUGACUGUGUCUUUGAGGAUAAGACGCCAAAGCAAGCGGACAUGGAUUCUCUACCUUCCUCCUGGACAGACGGCUACAGAAUCUCUGUUUCCGAUAUUUUCCAGUACCUCUUUGGUGGUAAGCCGUCGAUUCCCAGCCAACCAGCCACAGAUAACGUAACCACCUUCUACUCAGAUGGAACUUCUGUUUCUGAAAAUUAUGAUCACUUUUUCUCAGAGUACGAUACAGAAACCUUCUUCUGUCCUCUCAUCUCAGCGGAGGAUCAGACCAAAGGUGAGCAGGGGCCUAUCGGUUCCUACUCACGCUCAGCUUGUAGAAAUCUACAGUUCCCUGAGGCCUAUGAGGGCUUCUUUGCAUCCUCCUCUUCUGAUGAUUCUUCAGUUGAAUCUGAUGAAGAGGACAACUGUGGACCUGUCAGGGUGGUGACCAGGUUUACCCACAACGCAAACUCAUCCCAGAUAUCAACGGACAUUUAUGACCAUUUCUUCACAGACAGUGACCUGAGAGAGAACUUCUUCUGGAAAGCAACACUCUCUUUCAGGAAUGUACAUUUUUCGCGAAUCACGGUGCAGAAGCAGACUCUCCCAAGCUCCCGAACGUCUCAUGUACCUGUGAGGCAAAGUGGCAGAUCCCUUCAAAGGACACUUUAUCCCAGUAAAGCUCUGGGAAAUCAAGACGUGAUGUUUCCGGAUCCACUUCUCUACCACCUGGAGGACAGGAUCUCCAGACAGCAGGCGAUGCAGCCUUUCAGAAAUGAGGGUUUACAGACGGCUGAUUCAAAUCCAAGGCUGGAUUCCUUGCUCCUGCCACUCCGACAGUCAGACAUGUGUCUGGUUUGUAUCGCCUUUGCUUCGUGGGUACUGAAGACCGCAAACCCACAAGUUGGAGAUGCCUGGAAAGCUGUUCUGUUGGCAAACGUAAGUGCUCUGUCAGCAAUCCGAUACCUGCGUAAGUACGUCAAGAUGGAGGCGGCCGCCAGCGAGAAGGAAUUACUCUGCUCUCGAUACACGUCACCAGUGAAAUUAUCAAUUUUCCCAUGAAUCCUGGAUCUGAGUCACUGCAGGACCUAGAUCCAUGGAGGAAUAUGACACAUGUUUUAAUGUGCUGCUCCGUGAUUGCACUGUAACUCCUUUAUUAACCCAAGUUUCACUGACGCCUUCAUAGAAUGGAAAGAGUUUCGUUUAAUAACAGCUGUUUUGCUUCGGCAGGGCGAGAUGACACAUGUGUUUUUAUCAGACAGGAGACUUUACAGGUUCGAGACAAUUGUAAAUAAGGUUUCAGUGAGUGAGAUUAGCAGCAAAGCUCGGCUGAGCUGACGAUGUUUGAUGAACUUGUGAUAAAUGGAUUAACUUGAAUCCCUGAAAAAUAAUAUUUAAAUGGAGCUGUUGGAGCAUGUUUUGUUUCCACUAGUUUUAUGUAGCAGCUGAUUUGAUCCAAAGUCACUGUGUUGACUAUUUCAUGAUAUGAAUGAGAUCAUAUCUGUUGCAACAUUUCCCACUGUAACAGAACCCCCAUAGUUGUUAUUGUGUAAUUGUUUGGGAGCUGUAUUCUUUGCCAGAGUUCUUAUGAAUUUUAUGAAGGGCAUUUGAUUUUCAUGAGAGAUGAUUCAUAGAAGACUCUACAGUAUUUUAUCUAAGUUGCUCUGUGAGCUGUUCAUAUUUCGUGGAUCGACAUCAGUUUGACAACAUUAAAUUGAAUUGUGUGCA